UUCACAGCUCACCUGCCAACGCACACUCCGAUACCGUCUAAGAAUCCCUCGCGCAGUCGUCUCCCCGAUCGGCUUAUUUUAUCUCUCUUGUCGUCUCCGAGGCUACUCGUCCUUUGUCUGCCAGUACAACCCGCUCGCUGCUUUGUCGCUCUUGUACCCUCUGUCUGUGACAUCACGACAUGUUCAUGCUAUUAGACGACCACUGGAGACACACUGAUAUCCCCGACCCGCGUCGUGAGUCGCUAGUGUAACAGCAUAACUUCCUCGCCAAAACCUAUAACAUUUUUUCCUUACGAAUUUUUAGACUGUAGAGCAACGAACUGGUGCGAGCGCACAUCGCACGUCAGAAUCCCGGCAACCUAGCAUACAUCACAGCCCCUCAGCCCUCCAAGAUGCAUGAGAGAGACCUCCGCCGGGUCGCUCUCGAAAGCGGGAAGACGACCUCCCGCAAGGCGAAGCAGCGCCAGCUCUCGGCUCGAAGCUCGCAGGCUGGAUCUGCUGUGAACUCGCCUUCCGGGUCACCAAAUCAUUCGCCUGGCGGGUCGCGCGCAGCCUCGCGAAACGUGAGCAGGCAAGGAUCGGAGGACGAGUUCGAUGAAGAUGAUGACCUGAACUCGUCUGUUGCUAGCCUUGACAUCAACGCCUUUAGCACGUACGAACGCGCAGCCCCCGACGUUUGGCAGCAUGAACUGCACGAAGUCGGCGAGCAGAUCAUCGAGCGAAGCAGGACGAAGAGGAAUACGGCUGAAGCUAGGGAGGAAAUGGUUGUAGUAUACACGAAUAUUCUACGCGCGCAGUUCGCAGCGGCCGAGAUCGAGCCACAACUGGCAGAUCUGAUCCCCGCGCUGCUGAAGUGUUUCCGUGCUGGCAGCACCGAGACAGAGAGUGUCUAUGCACUAAAGGCGCUUUCAAUGACAGUAUUGACCACGGGCGAAGAGCUGUUCGAAGAGGUUCACCAACCGCUGCGAACUAGGAUUCAAGACUCGAGCUCGCACAAAGCUCAGGAAGCAGCUAUUCAUACGCUUGGCGCAUGCGCAUUCUUUGGCGGCGCGGAUAUCCAAGACGUGGAAGAUGUUAUGGACUAUCUGCUAGACAUCAUCGAGACGGACGGCGAAUCUAUCGAAGCAGGAGAUAACGGCGCCGUUGUUACCGCCGCUCUUCAAGAGUGGGGAUUUUUAGCGACCAUGUUUGAGGAUCUUGAGGGAAAAACGGAGAGACCACUUGAAUGCUUUGAGAAUCAGCUUGACAGCAAUGAUUUCGGCGUGCAGCAGGCGGCUGCGGAGAACAUUGCAUUGCUGUACGAGCAGAGCUGGACGCAGAUCGAGGACGAUGAAGACGUCGAUGAAGACGAGACGGAUCAAUACGAGUUCGGCGCAUUUCGGCGCAAGGACUGGAAGCAGCGAUACUCGCCGUAUCACAAUAAUUCAGACGCGUACAGCAUCAAGUCCAAGCUGUCCGAGCUCGCUCGCUCCUCAGCCAGGCACGUCGCGAAGGACAAACGCAAAAACUUGCACCAGGUCGCCAAGGACGUACUCCACACGAUCGAGCGUCCCUAUCGGGGGCCGCGCUUCAGCACUGCCAUAGACGAGGAUGACAUCCGAUACCUGGGUCACCGACUCGUCGUGCGGUUUGGAGGAAAGAGCAGCAGCGGCACGGAGCUGGUCAUCGAUCGCUGGUGGAAGUACCACAGAUACGAGGCAGUCAAGCGAAUCGUUGCCGGCGGCUUUGCAGAGCAUUACUCCAAAAACAUGGUGGUGCGGAACGCGGUCCCGAGGGGCACGCUUGUUGCACCCACAAACUUUUAGCUCAUAGCAGCCAUCGAAACUGUCAGAGCUUUUUCAAGCAAUAACGCUGCAUGUUGGAUGGUGGGGCUGAAAGAUUGUAGAAUUUCAUGUUCUCUCUCUUCCGAGUUCGAUACAUAGCACAUUGACAGAGUAGACUUUUGAGCUAACGUUACCUUUCAAUCUCUGAAUAACAAUACCUUUGUCACAGUUGCCCCCUUUUUUUUUUUAAUUGUGCUCUUUGUGCAUCGAGGCGUCGAAGCUGCUG